GACAUCGUUGAAAUUAUCCAUCACUAACGGCUUCUACUUUUUUUAUCGAGUUAUAAAUGCAUUUACUAGCAGGAAGAAAGUGAUUAAUAUGUAUUAAAUGGCAACUGACUCCGAGCAUAGCAUGUCAGCGGCAGUCGAAAUUUCCACUGGCUGCUGAAAGGUAGACUUAAGACUCGCGCCACACAGCGUCGUGGUCAAGUGCAGCUAACUAUCGGGAUGAACUCGUGCAGCGACAGUAGCAACGAGUCGAUGGAGCGGAACGUGAAUCACGUGGCGUCGGGCACCCACUCGGAGCUGCACAUGAACUUUGGCGCUGCGUGCAAGCCAGCUUCGCAGGAGCGCUACGUCUGGGAGAUGCGCACACGUAGCCCAAAUGUGACGCCAGCCAGCACUGUGUUGAAUUCGCCGGAUCUGAAUGCUGAGCUGCAGUAUACGCCGAUGCAUCAUCACCAGGCUUUCGAGCGGGUAUCGCCGCCCCAUCAGCUGCCCGGCUACAUGGGCUCACAGCACCAACAACAGCAACAACAACAACAACAGCAGCAACAAUCGGGCUACUAUUACCAGCGUCCGCAUCCGCACCAGAUACGCCUGGGCCGCAGCCCGGGCAGCAGCCAGUUUGAGGCGGAGGGCAUAGCGAGUCCCGGCUCGCCAACCGACGUGGGAAAGGCCGAUGGGCAGUGCUUGCGCGAUGGCGAAAUCGUUGUGUUUGACGACAUCGACACAAACUGGAUGAAUAAGUCGGCAGCACUGACAGCCGCAGAAAGGGACAGCAACGAGGAUGUUCUGAAGGUCACCAAGAUGAUUGGGCAGCUGCCCAUAGCCGAAUAUGAGGGCUCCCCGCGUCGUUUUGGCAACCAGCAAGUGGCUGCCAAGGGCGCUUGCUGUCCGCGACGACCGCCUGGCUUUCCGCAACGUGUCUCACCCACAAAGCAACGCUUGGAUAACAACGUUAAGACAUCCGUUGGCAAUCUAAUUGAUCUGAUAGACCACGAGGGCACGUCCGCAACGGCAGCCUCGAAGACGCCCACUUUUGAUUAUCUGUACGAGUUCUCGGAGACUCGCAAAGUGCUCGAGGAGUUCUUUAAGGGCAAUCCCGACGACGACGAGAAGCGCUUCACGGAUUACACUACGGAAAGUGGAGACGAUGUGGCCAGUUCGGACAUACAGCCGCGCGUGUGCGAAGUGGACAAACAUAUCGAGCAAGCCUACAUAGGCCAGCGUCUAGCUAGAAUACCCAAAGACGAACUCUACAUGGUCCAUCGUUCGCCCAGGAUGCAGGCGAACGAGCACAAUGCCUACCAGGAGCACAACGACAUCGAGCUGUACAUCGAUUCGAACAGUCGCAGCAGCGGCGACCUGGCCGACACUGAGCUGGAGGCGAAUCUGCGGCGGCAUUCGCGUAAUUUUACGCUGUCCCCGGAGACGACAGACUACGACUCGAACUGUGGCGAUCUGGACAGCCUAUCGAACGAUAUCAACUGCGCCACAACUGACUAUGGCAAGCUCUACACCAGCAUGCCGGUGCUGGAGGAUGGUCUCAGCAGUGGCCAUGCUUCGGACACCGAGAACAAUGUCUCUGUCGUCUGUGACAAGGCGCCGCAGCAGCCUCAAACACAGCUGCAGCCACAACAGCAGCAGCAGCAGCUGCUGCAGCAUCCGCAAAUCAAACCUGAGCACGAGCACAAUGGCAACGGCGACAGCGAGCGACUGCCGAUCGAACACAACAGCAUCGCACCGACCGAGACGGCUGCAGCAGUAGCUGAUAUCACGCAGCCGAUCGACUUCGCAGCAGCGCUGUCAGCGCAAACGCCGCUGCCUACGUCGCCAACGGCCACUCCACCGCUGGAGCAAUGCGAAGAGGAGCCGCAGCUGAACGAUGGCAAUAAUGCUGAUAGCGACAAUCCCGCAGACUCGCAUUACGGUCCAGUCUAUGCAGCAGCUCUGGCAUCAACAGUCGCCGCGACUGCGAAUGCGACCGCGACUGUGACAACCGGCAAUAAGCCAGCAGCAAUCGCACCGCCAGUCGAAAUACAAGAGGCCAUGAAAGAGAUUCGUUCGGCCCUGCAGCGCGCCAAGGCGCAGCCGGACAAACUGAAGUUCUGCGAUGAAGUGCUGCCCGCGGAUCCGGAUUCGCCGGUAUGGGUACCGCGCAAGGGCGCCACGACAACGGCAACAGCUGGACGCCACGAAGAUGAGGAAGCCGACACAGAUCUCGAAACGGAUCGGCUGCUAGGCGAGAAGGACUUCUUUGCCGAACAGACAUUGGCCCUAGCUGGAGCCGCCGACAGCAAUGCCAACGGCCUGAUCAAUACCAACAGCAGCAGCCUGAAUAUCAGCGACAACAACAGCAAUCCCAAGCCGCAAACGUACUCGUCGGCCACCAUACGGCAGGGCAUUGGCACCUCGCUGACGCCCAACUCCCCGGACAUUUGCCAGAUUGUGGGCAAUGCGGACGUUUCGAUCAGUUCGCCGGAGAAACUGCAAUACACAAAGAGCCCAACGGGAUCCAUCAAAUCGCUGAAAGACUCGGCCAACUGCGACAAGAAAACCCAUUCGCGAAAUAAGGAAGGUUUCUUGGAACCCAAAGUGCUUAUUGAGGGCGUACUUUUUCGGGCCCGCUACCUGGGCUCCACGCAGCUGGUGUGCGAGGGUCAGCCGACCAAGUCGACGCGCAUGAUGCAAGCCGAGGAGGCCGUCUCCCGCAUCAAGGCUUUGGCGCCAGAGGGCGAAAGUCAGCCGAGCACCGAAGUGGAUCUGUUCAUAUCAACCGAGAAGAUAAUGGUGCUCAACACGGACCUCAAGGAGAUCAUGAUGGACCACGCCCUGCGCACCAUCUCCUACAUAGCCGACAUUGGCGACCUGGUAGUGCUGAUGGCGCGGCGCCGCUUUAUACCCAAUGGCGGUGGCGUUGUCGUUGACUCGCUGUCGACCUCGAGCCCGGGAGAGACCAUCGAGGGCGAGUCGCUGAAGGAGAGCAGCGGCAGUAACAAGGAGAGCAGCUCGUCGAAUAAGCACAAUCGCACGCCCAAAAUGAUAUGCCAUGUAUUUGAGAGCGACGAGGCGCAGUUUAUAGCGCAGUCCAUCGGGCAGGCGUUUCAGGUGGCCUACAUGGAGUUCUUGAAAGCGAACGGCAUCGAAAACGAGAACUUGGCCAAAGAAAUGGACUACCAGGAGGUGCUCAACAGCCAGGAGAUAUUCGGCGACGAGCUGGAGAUAUUCGCCAAAAAGGAGCUGCAGAAGGAAGUUGUGGUACCCAAGGCGAAGGGCGAAAUUCUGGGCGUUGUUAUUGUGGAGAGUGGCUGGGGCUCGAUGCUGCCAACGGUGGUUAUUGCCAAUCUGAUGUCCGGCGGUGCAGCCGCUCGCUGCGGCCAGCUGAACAUUGGCGAUCAGCUAAUCGCCAUUAACGGCAUGAGUCUUGUCGGUCUGCCGCUAUCCACCUGCCAGACCUACAUACGCAAUGCCAAGAAUCAAACUGCCGUCAAGUUUACCGUAGUGCCCUGUCCGCCUGUCGUUGAGGUGAAGAUCCUGCGGCCCAAGGCGCUCUUUCAGCUCGGCUUCAGCGUGCAAAACGGUGUGAUUUGCAGCCUGUUGCGUGGCGGCAUCGCGGAGCGCGGCGGUGUACGAGUUGGCCAUCGCAUCAUUGAGAUUAACAAUCAAAGUGUGGUUGCUGUUCCCCACGAUACCAUCGUCAAGUUGUUGUCCUCAUCUGUGGGCGAGAUUUUGAUGAAAACUAUGCCUACGUCCAUGUUUCGUCUGCUAACCGGCCAGGAGACGCCAAUUUAUAUCUAACUCAAGCGUUAUAUAAUUAUGCUUAUGCACCUCUCAGCACAGACACACACACACACGCACACACACAGAUAC